AUGCUCACCUUGACCACUCGUCAAUCCUUACAUCACCUCCCCUCAUCACUUCUCCGAAAAAGAUCCCUCCACCUAGCACCUCCCUUCCUCCUCGACGACUACACGCCUCGCUACCUCCAGUUAUCUGAAGUCGACGCGGCCAAGAAACGAUCGCAAGCAUAUGCUCACCUGGCCAAGUGCAACUUGUGUCCGAGAAAGUGUGGGGUGAACAGGUUUGAGAAGACAGGGUGGUGCUUGAUUGGGGAGAAGGCGAAAGUUAAUGUUAUUGCGCCGCAUUUUGGGGAAGAACCAUGCAUUCAGGGACAUCAUGGGAGUGGUUCGGUUUUCUUCAGCAUGUGUAACCUCCGCUGCGUCUUCUGCCAAAACCACGACAUCUCACACCAACGAAACGGCAUGGAUUUGACUCCCGAAGAGCUAGGUGACUGGUACAUGAAGCUGCAAGAAGUCGGAAACGUGCACAACAUCAACCUUAUUACCCCUGAACACGUCGUCCCCCAAGUAGCCCUUUCCAUCCUGCACGCACGGUCUCAAGGUUUACGCAUCCCCAUCAUCUACAACACUUCCUCCUACGACUCUCUCGAGUCCUUAGCUUUGCUCGACGGACUAGUGGACAUUUACCUGCCCGACUUCAAGGUCUGGGAACCGUCCACUUCCAAACGGCUGCUCAAAGCAGAUGACUACGCCGCCACGGCGCGGGAGUCCAUCAAAGCCAUGCACGCGCAAGUCGGGGACCUAUGUUUUACUGGUGACGGUAUUGCGAAGAGUGGGGUGCUGGUUAGACAUCUGGUGAUGCCUGGCCUCGAAGAGGAAGGGGCAAAGAUUAUGAGGUGGUUGGCUGAGGAGGUGAGUAGAGAUGUGUUUGUGAAUAUUAUGGAGCAGUAUAGGCCGAGUGCGCAUGUGGGGAAAGUUCAAACCAGAAGAAAGACACAUGGAGGGGAGGAAACAGAAGGAGACAAGAAAGAAGAAAGACGGUAUGCCGAGAUCAAUCGGGCUGUAAAGGGGGAGGAGGUGGAGAGUGUUCGGAAGGCGGCUGAGAGGGCUGGGUUAUGGAGGUUUUGUGAUCCGCCGAAGCAUGAUGGGUUUAACAUUUAAACCUGCGUCAUAUGUAAACUAGACUAGACUUACUAGAUCUUCUUCCUGGUAUUCUCCCUUUGAAGGUCAUGGAAGGUUUAGUUUGCGCUUGUUAUUCUCUGUUGUUUGCCUUCUA